AACAGAGGAUGCCGAGUAACACGGGAUUGUUUUUGACUCGCACAGCAGCACGGCAUGUCGCUCAAAGCGCCCGACAGGGCGGAUUCGGGAUGCGAGGGGAGAGAUGUGCGCAAUCCGAGAUGUUAUCGCAAGGAAAGUUCCAGCUUGGCUGACGCACACUCUGACCGUUGACAUUUUGGAGUGAAUCCGUGUGACGGAGCAACAGGCAUAACAUCACACAUGUCGUGUUUGUUUGGAAGACAGUACGGGUGUACCUAAUAAAGUGGACAGUUUAUCGAUCACAAGACUUACUUUGAAGUAGCUCCGAAUCAUUUGAUUGUGUUAUUGUCUUCUUAACUCUAGUGGAGCACUAAAUACAGGACACAGUGUCCAUACUAUUGUUGAAGUUAAUCAACGACUUGAAAGUCAAUCAUUAGUUCAAAGGGAACCACGUGGCAAUGGAUUCAAAUCUACCCGGGGCCUGACCUCGGAUGAAACGCCAUUUCCGAUCUUUGCUUUGUUGUUGUGAGUUUGGAGAUUUCCCAGUUUACCUUAAUGCGCCGUGCAGCAUCUCAGUCUUGAUUUGUACAUUUGAAAUUUGGCAACAGAAAUUGCAGACCUUGUCAAUGGCGGCGACGUGCAAAAAAAAAUCUGUUUGCGUUCAGUUCAGCGGAAGUCAUUCGUGUUUUUAUGAGCCUGUUGAGUCAUUCCAGGCACGUGAAGACCUGUUCUUCUGGCGUGCUGGGAUCAUGCGAGGACACAUACACGCAGAUAUUGUACUUAUUGUGGGUGACUCUGGAACAUGGCAAUUGUAACAGGAUCCUCAUCCAUCUGCAUCCAAAUGGUGCUGCUGGAGUUUUAGUUGGUCACCCAUUUGACACAGUGAAGGUCCGACUCCAAGUCCAGAAUGUUAAUAAACCUUUGUACCGCGGCACCUUUCACUGCUUCCAGUCGAUCAUCCGCCAGGAGUCGAUGUUUGGUUUGUACAAAGGCAUCGGCUCCCCGAUGAUGGGCCUGACCUUCAUCAACGCCAUCGUGUUCGGCGUGCAGGGCCAGGCCAUGCGGGUGCUGGGCCAGGACACGCCCACCAACCAGUUUUUGGCGGGCUCGGCGGCGGGCGCCAUCCAGUGCGUCAUCUGCUGCCCGAUGGAGCUGGCCAAGACGCGCAUGCAGAUGCAGGGCUCGGGCGAGAAGAAGUCCACCCGGAAGGUGUACAAGAACUCUGUGGACUGCCUGGUACGCAUUUAUCGCCGCGAGGGCGUGUGGGGGAUCAACCGGGGCAUGGUGACCACCUUUAUCCGCGAGACGCCCGCUUUUGGCUUUUACUUCCUGACGUACGACGUGCUGACGCGGCAGCUCGGCUGCGAGCCCGAAGACCGCUACAUGAUCCCCAAGCUGCUGUUCGCCGGCGGAAUGGCGGGCAUCGCCUCGUGGCUCUGCACCUACCCGGUGGACGUGAUCAAGUCGCGGCUGCAGGCGGACGGCGUGGGCGGGGUCAACCGCUACGCCGGUAUCGCCGACUGCGUGCGGCAGAGCGUGCGCCAGGAGGGGUACAUGGUGUUGACGCAGGGGCUCACGUCCACGCUGCUGCGCGCCUUCCCCGUCAACGCCGCCACUUUCGCCACGGUCACGCUGGUGCUCAUGUACGCACGCGGGCACGAGAGGGACGUCGAUGAGUGCGAGGUGCCGCCCCAGGCCGCCAGCCACCACCCUCAAGGUCAAGCUCAGGCCCAAACUUCCGGACUGUGAGUACUGUUGCGACACUUUACAGCCUUGCAGGCCAAAGUCCAAAUCGCUAUCAGGUUGUUGUUUUAUUUACUUCCUUGAGUAGAUCUUGGCAUUUUAUUCCUGUUUUACUCUUGACCGAAAUUAUCCUUGGAUCAAAAUAUUUUUCUUUUGACGGUGGCCCCAAUAACGGUUAGUCUUCCUGCCUUACUGAGGACAAAGCACUUUGCCGUCUGAGAGCAACAACAAAUGUCGGUUAAUGAAAUUGUGAUCGCAGCUAAUUGUUUGAUACAAUCACAAUAAUCAAGUGUUCUUUGAUUGACACAAGGGAACAAAAUGCACAAGUUUAUCAUGUGACGUGACGGAGGGACCGAUGACCAAAACGAAAGGGUAUGUUCGAACUGGAAUGUUUGUUUUUGGUUGCCUGUGUGUUUUUACGGCAACGCUGAAUGUACCGUAUUUACACUCCAGCAUUUGAUACUGUCGGAACUUUAAUUCGACCUAUUUAAGAUUUUACUGUCUCACGUGCUGCUUUUUAAAAACCGAAUGGUGGAUUUGUCACGGGAAAAAAAGCUACGCAAUAAGCUGAGCAUCAAAUCAGAUGUUUUAUUUAUACUGUCAGAAUAAUAGAGGGAAAAUAAGUGUGUUCUUGAAUUUAAUAGCAGAUUAUUCCAACUUUAUUCUUGCUAUAAAAGUUAAAUUAUUGCUAUAGUUAUAUUUGCCAUAUACUUAUCUGCUUUCUUACCUUGCUCCUUAUACAAGUGCAAGUGAUAGAAAAAAAAUGCUUUGGAGGCAGUUGCUAUUUGUCAAAGAUUUUUUUUUCCUGUCUAUGAAUGUCACAAAUGGACAAUUUGAAUAUUUUAUUGCCUCAUGCAGUUGGCUGUGAGUUUAACUUAAGACCUGGAUAAGUUGUAUAAUAUAUUUUUUUGUUGAUAUAAAUAAAAAAUAAAUCACAUGCAUACAAUUCAA